AACUGGCAAGAAGUAAAUAUUUUUCGAGAAUGGCGGUGUUUCCUAUAUUUUGGUGAUGAGUAAAAGCCAUUAAAGGGUCGGCCAGCAUGUCACUGGAGCAUCAUGAUAAUGGCUGCUACUUUGGGUCUAAGCAUUAUGAAGUCAUGAGGUGUAGCGUGCAAGGGCAAGGAAGGCUACUGCUUUGUGUUAUAAUUAACUUGCUGCCUGGCCUUUGAACAGGGGAAGUUAAUGAGGAAUGUUGGUUUGUUAAUAUUUCCCAUUUUCACUUAUUUUACUCUUAAGAAAUUUCUGGAUGGAGAAUAAUUGGAUUUGCUGAAAGCGCCAUUUUCCAUGAGACUGCAAUCUAAUCCUCCUCUCUGUCCAUCGCUGUGCUGUAUGGAGUCUCAUAAGCAUUUGCUUGCUAUUGGAACCAUGGAAACGAGUGAAAAGAAUUGUAAUUAUGGGUGAAAAUAUUGAUUCCAAGGAGUUUACGUGCAGAAUUUUGCACAAAAAUUACGUCAGAAUUUUCCUUUUGUUGCCGGAAAAGGUUUUUCUAUUAAAUUACAGAGAUUUUUUUAAUACCUUAUUGGUCCACUAUGCCUCUCUCCUCGCAGCCUUAAUCUUAAACAAUCCCAAUGUCCACUCAAAGCCCAGGCUCAGAAAGACCCAAAAACAUAAGUCGGUCAUCACAAAGGCUCUCUCUCUCUCUCUCUCUCUCUCUCUCUCUUCCCCAAAUCCAACGCCCCUAACCGGAAUUACGGAACCAAAGAUCCCAUCUUGUCUCCUCCAAUCACCUGCCAAAUCCCCAAAAACCCAAACCUUCCGCCAAAACGCAGACCCCUAACGAAGAAAAAGCUCCCACCUCUCCUCGUUUUUCCUUCAAUUCUUCCAUUUUCCUCAAUAUCAAUACCUUCUCCAAUCCAAAUCCGUCCUCUUUCUCCCCGCCAGAAGAUGACCUCCACUCGGAACCCCUCCUUCGCCAAUCCUGACCCCUGCUCCCACCUCGCCGAGUAUCGCCAAACCCACGGCUUGAAGGGCUACAGCUCCCUGCAAGCCCACCUCCGAACCGCCCCCAGCGGCCGCACGGCGAUCGGAAAGCUCCCGUCUUUGAUCCACCGGUGCGCCCUCUGCUCCCUCAGCCGUGGCCGCCUCUACCUCUGCCUGAUCUGCUCCUCCGUCUCCUGCUCCGAUCACGCCGCCGCCCAUCCCCGGUCCAACCCCGGCCACGACAUCGCCGUCGACGUCGACCGAGCCGAGCUCUUCUGCUGCCGCUGCGCCGACCAGGUCUACGAUCCCGACUUCGAUAUCGCCGUCAUGGUGAAGCAGAUCGUGAAGCUGCCGGAGCGCCGGGCGAGCGGCCGCGGCCGGAAGAGGAGGGCGGAUCCGGUGAAUUUUAAGGACGGGGGAUUGAGGGAGGAGUGCUUCGGCGCAGGCCGGGUGGUAAAGAUCCAACCUUGCCACCCGUGGGGGCUCAGAGGGUUGAAUAAUUUGGGUAGUACUUGCUCCAUGAAUUCCGUUCUUCAGGCGUUGCUCCACACGCCGCCGUUGAAAGAUUACUUCUUGAGUGAUCGCCAUGGCCGGGAGUUCUGCUGCCGGGGGAGGAGGAGGACGAGGAGGCGGGGGAUGGUGUCAGGGGAGCUGCCAUGUUUGGCUUGUGAUGUAGCUGGCGUGUUCUCGGAGGUAUUUUCUGGGGAUCGGACGCCGUAUAGCCCUGCUCGGUUUCUGUACAGUUGGUGGCAGCAUUCAUCAGACCUUGCCGGCUAUGAGCAGCAGGAUGCCCAUGAGUUUUUCAUCGCAAUGCUCGACAGGAUUCAUGAAAAGGAGCAACCUGACCUCCAAAACAGAGGAGUUGGAGAUUGUCAUUGCAUUGCACAUAGAGUAUUCUCUGGGGUCUUGAGGUCGGAUGUUACUUGCAGUGUCUGUGGUUUCACUUCUACCACUUAUGAUCCUUGUGUUGACCUAUCACUUGACUUGGAGCCAUGCUGUGGAGUAAAAUCUAAUGAUAAUUCCAGAAUUUCUACUUUAAUGGGAUGUUUGGACCUCUUCACAAGGCCUGAGAAAUUGGGCUCCGACCAGAAGCUAUACUGCCAACACUGUGAAGUAAGGCAAGACUCGGUGAAGCAGAUGUCCAUCCGAAGGCUUCCAUAUGUCCUGUGUUUCCACGUAAAAAGAUUUGAGCAUUCCUUGAUCAGAAGAACAUCAAAAAAGAUAGACCAGAACUUGCAAUUCCCCUUUUCGCUCGGCAUGAUGCCAUACCUCUCUUCAUCCAUCAUAAGGAACAGGUUCGGCAACAGGAUCUUUGCUUUCGAAGGCGAUGAAUCCGACAUGUCGAGUGAAUUUUCUUCCGAGUUUGAGGUGUUUGCUGUUAUUACACACAGCGGAAGGUUGGAAUCAGGCCAUUAUGUCACUUAUCUUCGGCUAAGAGACCAAUGGUAUAAGUGUGAUGAUGCUUGGAUCACCCAAGUGACUGAAGGUGUAGUGCGAGCUUCACAGGUCUACAUGGUGUAUUACUUGCAGAAGCAUGGAAAGUGAACCAUUCACCUGGAGAACUACUUAUAGCUUCAGGUUGUGGGAGAUGAGCCGAUCGGCCGGUGUCCAUGGGAACCAUGCUCUCCUGGUUGCUUGCAAAGAAUAACAGUAGAAGUAAGUGACUGAAGACCUUUCUCUACUAAGAGAAGGUGAUGACAUACAUAUAAAAAAAAAAUGUAAUACUUUGGUUACCAUUGAUGAUUCUUUGAUUGCUAAAGUAUUUUAUAACAAUUCUUUCAUCCCUUCUGCGUCA